UCACACAAUGCAGACACAAACCAUUGGGCACCAUCUAAAGAAAGGCUAACACCUCAUUAUACCGUUAUGCCGGAGUCUUGAGGUUUUUUUUCUCCUUGAUGUGCAUGACACGGCGUAAUAUGACUCACCGUUAACUGCUCCUUCUGCAUAUUCUGGUAUUUAUCAGUUUAUAACGUUUCUGUUGAGUUAUGCAUUAUUUGGUAAUCCUUGUACUUUUUGGUGCGCUACUCUGUGCGCCCCACCAGUGCUUGGAGUGCCCAUCAGGCUGCCAAUGCUUUGCUGGCACGCGCACAGUGAAAUGCGUUUCCAAGGACCUUCGCUCCAUACCACAAGAUAUUCCAGGAUACACAAGGAAUGUGAUCAUCACAGGACACAAUAUAUUCAGAAUUGGAUCAGAGACAUUUCAAGAACUGAAAAAUGUCACCACCAUCAUUUUGAGCAACAAUAGGAUCACAGAGGUUGCGUCCCACAGCUUCUCUACCCUUUCCUACCUGCGCUCCCUGGACAUGAGCUGCAACCAUCUGACUCUCAUCCACCCUGAAGCCCUCAACAUCCCAGGGAGUCCUCUAAAGGAGCUCAACCUCAGCCGCUCCCUCUAUAACUACACCUCACUGACAGAUCUCACCACCGCACUGCGCUGGGGAGGCCUAGGAGGGUUGCUCAGCCUAGACCUCUCCGGGAACCGCCUGGUCUUCCUACCCCCAGGGAUGUUCUCCCACCUCCCUAGCCUGCAGCACCUCUUCCUUGGUAACAACUCCCUAGCAUCGAUCAACAACGGCACCUUCUUUGGCCUGCGCCGCCUGGAGCUGCUUGACUUGACCCGCAACUCUUUCAGGGCGUUCCAAGGUGAUGCUCUGGGGGAGCUGGAAAGGCUGGGGCAAGCCCCCCGCAUCCUGCUGAGCCACAACCCCUAUGUCUGCACAUGUGAGAUCCAAGACUUUGCUGUGUGGCUUAAGAAUUCCCAGGCUCAGGUGGGGGAUGCAGAAGCCCUGACCUGCGCCUCACCCUGGGAGUUUCAGGACAGGCCCCUGCGGGCUCUCGGGGUCCAAGUUGUCGGAUGCCAUGCCACUUCACCACCUCUGGUCGGAAUCAGAGACGAGGUGGGCGACCUCUCCCUGCAGACCUCCUACGUCCUCCUGGGUCUGGUGCUGGGCUUUGUGGGCAUGGUCUUCCUCUUUGUGCUCUACCUCAACCGGCAAGGUAUUAAAAAGUGGGUGGUGGAGACACGAGAUGCCUGCCAUGAAGUGUUGGAGGGGUAUCACCACCGCUAUGAGAUCGACACUGACCCACGCCGGGAAUACCUCUCAAAAGACGUCAGAGUCGAAGAGAAGCCACCGACAAACGGUAGUUUUGGACAGGCUCACUCAGAUAACCGCUUAUCACAGCUACCCACUGACACCUGUUUAGUACAGAUCCCCUCAGACACACAGCUCAAACCAGGCUCCAUCUCGGUGGAUUUGUGAUUCCUCAUUCCCUGGAAUGGAACGGGACUGGAGUGAACUUGCAUUCAGGUUUGGGUAGGUUACUUUCUCAAUGUAAUCUGUUACAGUUACUAGUUACCUGUCCAAAAUGGUAAUCAGUAACGUAACUUUUGGAUUAUCCAAACUCAGUAAUGUAAAUUGGUUUACUUUCCCCUUAUUAGAAGUAGAUCAAAAUUAUCCAUACA